AUGGACGUGCCUAAUGUCUUGAAGAGGCUGAGUUCUGUAACCUCUGGAUGGUACAUAGCUGUACAGGAUCAGCCUGAAGAUGAAGAUCACAUGUAUCAUGUCUCCUACAAUUUGGCAUUGAACUGGUGUUGUAAUUCCCACUGGACUACAUGCAUUCGUGGGUGCCGUAAGAACAACCAGGGUCGGCUUCUAGCAGGGAAUAAUUUCCCUCCAGCCAAACGGAACUACGGCGGCCGCGUUUGGCGCGUCGCGAUAGAAGGACACUACUUCCCAUCAUCCGACGCCACAUUCUCCCGGGGUCCACAAUUAGAUCCGACCAAUAUGGAGACGGGCAGGAUGGGAUAUAUUCAUGAGACAGACUCAGAGAAUUUCGUGAAUCCGGUUACGGGCGCGAAUACGCAACGCAUCGAAGCACAAUGGGGGGCCAUGAAACAGCGAAUAGUGAAGGCGGGGAACCACGCAGCAGAUGCUGCAAGGCCAUCUUUCUGAUGGAUGGUGGAAAUCCACAAGAAAAGACCAUGCAUGGAUCUCCUAAAUGAGAUCAAGCUACAAUACCCGCAGUGAAGAGAGGACGUACAAUAGAAGACGACGAGACCAUUUGACAUUUUUGUUUUCAUUUCAUUAUACCAGACUCUACUAUAAGACUUCCACUUUUUCUCAUAAAAGACCUGUACUCGCGUCAUGCCAACUUCAUUUGGACGGAAAAUAUAUACUUCACUAAGGUCGCAGAAACUUCUGAGAUAAUGUGAGAGCGAAGCGAAGCUGUGGAGUCCUCCUCGUGCCCAUGGAUGAGCAGAGGGGAAGAGUCUCCGAGUCACUACGCCAAGUCCCCAUAGCGGACCUCCUCUCGCCCCUUCACGCCCUCACCUCUGCCCUACGCAGCAGUCCGUCUUGAACCUCCGGCCGGACAGCACGCGGGAGUCCGUCACGAACCCUCGGCCGGACAACACGUGGGCGCGUGAGUGCGCCAGGACCCUUCGGCCGGACGACACGUGGCGUGUCGAGUCACGCAGCCUGACCCUCACAGCCGGUCAACUCAGUGAACCGCGGUGUGAGCCCCGAACUGCGUGCUGGUCUGUAUAGCGAACUGCUGUGGACUCAUCACGAACCGACGAC